AUGCUGGCAAUGGCACUCUUCAGUUCUCCGGAAAAAUCAUCUUCACCCCAAUUCGCAGGAUGCAUCAACCCCGCGACAUUCAGAUCGAUAGCUCAUGGGGAUUCUUACGGGCUUUUAUCGAAACAAGAGGAUAAUACAGCUUGUCUGGAAUUAUGCGGUAACAAACGAUUCAGCUAUUCGUAUUUCCUUUCACGCACAUCGGAAUGUUAUUGCACGAAAACAGAAUCGAUCGAUCCUUAUCGGAUUGAAAGUGGCUGUGAUAAUCUAGGAGGAUGUAAUCCUUGUCAAGCUAUUGUAACAUACCUCCAUUCCCCCCUCGCAUUCACCUCCUGCUACUCUCUUCUGUUCGAGGUCGUGGGUGUUCAAUCGACCCAGGGAACGGAGGGAAACUGGAGCUGGAAAUGCGCUUGUUAUUCCGGUAGAAAUCAAGGUGCGUACAAAGAGAAAUAUAAGAUGAAUUGUGGGAAGGAGAGUAUAUGGAGGUUUGAAGUUCCUCGAGAGGAAUUGAGGAUUCAGUAG